UUCUGUUGUUAAGUAUUUUCCUUGAUUGAUUAGUUGUUUGGCGUUUAAACACUAGGCGGUAAGGCAGAUAAACGUUCGAUUAAACAUUGAAGUACAAGGUGUUAUUUAAUUAAUUAAAAUGAAGCUUGUCAGAUUUUUGAUGAAACUUAGUCAUGAAACAGUGACAGUAGAACUAAAAAAUGGUACACAAAUCCAUGGGACAAUUACUGGAGUGGAUGUUGCUAUGAAUACACAUUUAAAAACGGUCAAAAUGACUAUAAAAAACAGAGAUCCUAUCCAACUAGAAUCACUGAGUGUCCGUGGAAAUAACAUCAGGUAUUUUAUCCUACCAGAUAGUCUACCUCUUGAAACUCUUCUUAUUGACGAUACACCGAAAUCGAAAGCUAAAAAGAAGGAAAGUGGUCGUGGUAAUCGUGGACGAGGCAGAGGAACACGGGGUGCCCGUGGUGGCUUACGAAGUCGUGGUGGAAGAGGAAGAGGAGGUGGGAGACGAUGAUCCUAAUUCGAUAUAAAAAAAUAUAAAAAAUUGAGAAACAAAAUUAA